UUGACUGAGGCACUCGCAUCGUAUGCCAGUCUCGAAAUGGGCUAUACUAGUCCUUCUUGUUCCCCGGGGUCCACGUGCAAUUUAUCGUCACUAUCCACUGAGGGACGCAGAAACGAAGGGCAGGCUGGGGGGAGGGGAUUGCCUGUUGGGAUUGAACGAUGUUAGCAGUUUUCUUGUACUUUACAUCACCGAUCUUUUCGAAGUUGAGAUUUUAAUAGCACAGUCCGCUUUUCAUUUACUUUAUCAAUUGUAUCCAUCUUGUUUGUGCGCUAUUCCCUGUCCAAGUGCCCAUGCUGUCAUUCGCAAGAUGAAGGCUGUGACAAAACUAUUAAUUGGUGCUGUAGCUUUGGUUGCGUUCCAGUGGAGUGGACGAACUUUGGACCCAGGUUCUUUGAAGGGCGCCCGGGUUCUGGUAACUGGGGCCAGUGCUGGUAUAGGGGAGCGGAUAGCCUAUCACCUGGCUGGGUUUGGAGCCCAGGUUGUCCUCACAGCCAGGAGGGAGAAGGUCCUACAGCAGGUAGUUGACAAGUGCCAUGGUUUGGGGGCCCAGAAAGCGCUGUACGUGGCAGCUGACAUGGCCAAUCACGCUGACCCGGAGAGGGUGGUGAAGUUUGCUGUGGACCAGCUAGGAGGACUGGACUACCUGGUGCUGAACCACAAAGGAGACAUGCCGUUUGGGAUGUGGGACGGGGAUGUGGAGCAGACUCGAUGGUUAAUGCAGGUGAAUUUCCUCAGCUACGUGCAGAUGGCCAAGACCGCUCUUCCUUCCCUCGAACAGAGUAAGGGUUCCAUCAUGGUGGUCUCCUCCCUCUAUGGGAAAGUGUGCGCGCCGUUUCUGGCCCCGUACGUGUCCACCAAGUUCGCCCUGAACGGCUUCUUCGGGACGCUGCAGCACGAGCUGGCCAUGCAGAGCAGCAAUGUGUCGGUCAGCGUCGUCACACUGGGCCUGAUAGACACAGACUCAGCGAUGGACAUGGUCAAGGAGGUCUCCAACGUCCACGCCUGGCCAGCCGAUGAGGCGGCCCUUCACAUCAUCACAUCUGGGGCCACGCGUCAGGCAGAGUCCUACUACCCCUGGUUCUGGUACUACUGCUGUCUCUUCAGGGACUGGUUCCCCUACCUGAGGGACCUUAGCAUCCGCAACAUCUAUAAACAUUGACGGGUCCAAUGUACUGUGCACGGCAUAUUCCUGUGACGUUGCUGUUUUUUUUUUUUUGUAACGUGUUACCUUUCUGUCUUAUAAAAUGCUGGCCCCGUAGGAUUCUUUGUUUACUUCUUAAUUUGUGUUAUGUUAUUUUAUAUUCCCCAUCACCUGUAGUUGUUUUUAACUGGCGUCCACGUGUGAUCAGAAUGGUUCCUUUCACCCUGAGAUGUUAUGCCUCAAUCCCAAUGUCGUCCACAAGAGGGCAGUAGUUUCCAAGAAAUGAAGCAGAAAUCGGGCAUUUUGGAAACCCGUUUUAUUAGACUUGUAGUAAAUUUGACAUGAUUUUGUAGCUUUACCAAGUCCUCCUUAAUAUUGCCUCAGUAGUACAAUGAAUAAAAAUGACUGCAUUAUUGUGGGUAAAAUAAACUACGAUGUUACAGUAUA